AUGUGUGAUGAAAACAAAGAAGAUAGUAAAGGAAGUGAUAAUGAUAUUGAGGAUCUUGGAAGUGAUUGUGAUAGUGAUGAUAGCAGUAGGGCUAGGAGAAAGAAGUAUCCAAUUUUCAAGCUUUUAAAGGAUAUGUCCAAUUACAAAUGGGAAGUGGGAACCUAUUUUACUACAAAGGAAGAUUUCAAGGAGGCAAUUGUUACUUAUGCAGUCCAUUCUGGCAGAGAUUUAAGUUGCAGUAGAGAGUAUCAUGUAAAGUUAUUGAAGACAAAAUGGUUGAGCAAGAGGUUACAAAAUUCACUUAAAACCAACCCUAGAAUGAAGCUUAAGGACAUUAAGGAAAAGGUUCAGAAGAGGUGGAAUGUUGGGGUCAACAAAACCAAGGCUAUAAGGGAUAGGUUUGCAGCCAGAGACAUGGUUGAUGGGUCAUUUCUAGGGGAUUAUACAAGGGUAUAUGACUAUGCACAUGAGUUACUAAGAUCUAACCCAAUCUCAACUUGUAAGGUGGGUGUUCAACCUGCACAAGAAGGUAGUGAUGUUCAGAAUUUACAUUUCAAGAGGUUGUACAUAUGCUUGGCAGCUUGUAAGGAAAGCUUCAAGUUGAGCAGACAUUUCAUAGGACUUGAUGGAUGUUUUUUGAAAGGCCUUUGUGGAGGUCAAAUACUUGCAUCUAUUGGCAGAGAUCCCAAUGAUCAAAUGCUACCAAUAGCAUUUGCAGUGGUUGAAAGUGAAAACAAGGAUAGCUGGACAUGGUUCUUGGAGCUGCUUAUUGAUGAUCUUGGUGGGAGAGAAGAGUGCCUCACAUACACUUUCAUUUCUGAUCAACAAAAUGUAUGA